AACUCAUGGAUUUUGAACUAUUUAAUUUGGACGAAGACGAUGAAUUAUUAAGUACAGCUUGUAUAGAAGCUACUCAAGACCACCUAUCAGUACCAAAGCCAACACAAGCAUUAGAUGGGACAAUCGAAGACACCGUGCUGCCCGAGUUGCAGUGCAGCGGCGAGGACUCUACACAUUCUCAAUUCGCCAACGAGGGAUUUGUAAAAUGUGGCUUUAUGUUGACAUAUCCUGAAGCUGCCUGGCGACCAGCAAUCGAAGAACUAACCAUUACUGAAUUCGAAUUUGGUGUGAAGGCACUGCGUGUGCAUGGCAGUAUGCAGUUCUUAUUCGGCACAGCUUGCAUGCACGUUCAACAUCUAUGGGCUAGUGUACGACAACCACUCAACACAAAUGAAACUAUAGGUUACUACACGCGCAGGCAACAGGUAACACAUUUUCUUUAUAUGCUAUUGCACUGCACUACUGAAGAGCAAUGGACACUACUGCGUCCUAAUAUGGACAGCAUGAGGCGGCUACUGAAUCGCACCACUGAACUAGACACUUGGAAGCUAAUUUAUUUCGCAAACAGCUGUAAAGGAAAUGAAUGCAAUGCAGCCGCCUAUCACAUGUUACACGGUGCGCUCGAAUGGAAGUUGUUGGACUUGUGUAUUCUGUACAAAUUUCAAUUGUGCACACAAACGGCGCGGAUAGAUGGCAAGGUCACGCACGGUGGUACUUUAAUGAGCCAGUUGGAACGUCUUUUUGAUGACCUGGUGGUUUGUUCUUUGUGUUUGUAUGCAAAUAAGCGGCCUGCUGAACUACUGUAUAGCUCACCCUUUCCCUGCACAUGCAUAAAAGAGUGCUGGUUAUAUGUGCAGCUCGCGUUGCAGAAGUGGGCGCUUACACCACUUGCAGUGGCUGGUGAACAGCUCACUUUUUGGCAGCUAUUCAACGAAACAAUGUCGAAACUCAAAACACGAAUGGAUAAAUUCUCCCUGACAACAUUGACUCUAGCCGAAUUUACUAACUGGCUGCAGCGCGCACUGGUGCGACUUUUUGGAUAUCGUUCCAAUGGUCAGUUUGUUGGUCCGUCCCAUGAGCGUGCCAUGGCUGACACAGCAGAGAAUUGGGAAACCCUGGAGCAGUGCACACAGCAAUUUUUCAACGGUAACCCAAGCGAGGAGCAGACCCGUGUGUUUAUUUGCCUACUAACGCCAACACUACUGCAUUGGUGGCGUGCUCGCGUUGGCAUACCUAUACUGUUGUGGGAACACUUUCAUAAACGACUCAAUGCUUCCUUCUACGCUGCCGGUUCCGCGCCGAGCAUCUUGGCUGUGGCUUGCGCCAGCGGUAAAGCCUAUGUGGAACGUUAUCGUGCGCUAUUGACGCAAGAGGAUUUCACUUCUGAUGCCAACUUAAGCAGUUAUACGCUUUUUAUUUUGCUUUUGGGCAAAAACCUGCGUCGUCUGUUAGAAACGACUUCGACGCGACAUCAAGCGCAGAAGCUGCUAGGGCGUAUCUACACUAAAUUCAGCGCGCAAAAGUUUCUCGCGUUAAACGAGACGGGCAUACACCACAUAAUUGAGUUGUUUUUGGCGUUGGCGCUCUGUGGAGACUUCGAAGAGCUGGCUCCGAAAUUGAGUACUAAAUUGCUUUCCAUUGCUUUGGACAAAAUACCAGCUGGCCGCCAAAUUGCAGUCACUAAAGGGCACAUGGCGUUACUAAUUCUUUAUGCCGAACGGCGUUGUGAAAUUGGUGACUAUGUGUCCAAGAUUCUGCAGCAACUCGCAGCUAUAAAUUGUGAUUUGAGUGUCUCCAAAGUUCUAGCUGAGGCGCUGCUGGACAUCUUCAUGCAGGCGGAUGACUUUCGGCGUGGCGAGCACUUGCUCAUCGACGCAUGGCUGCCGAAUUUUUUGCAAACCUGCACACCCGCAGAGCAGGACCGCAGUCUGGAGGCGCUCCACCUCAUAUUCGGCAAGUUGCAGCGCAAUGAGGCUCUUAUCGAGUCCAACUCAGAGCUCUUCAGGGCACUCAAUGCGCAUGUGUUGCCAUUUGUGAAACAGCAGUUCGCCAGCGGCUACAGUCAGUGGCUGCCACAACUCGCGGCGGACUUCUGCUCACACGCUUGCACAGUGCCGGAUACGCCAACGUUCCAAAAACUAUUCACCUACUUCAUCGAUGCGCCUGUGGCGUGUCGACAGGCGCUGCCACAGUUUUUGCGCAAGGUAUUGCAAACAGAGCGUUCCGCGUUGGUCGAGUCAAAUGUGGUGAUACAUGCGUGGCUGAAGAGUCUGGUGCAGUUGACUGCUGUCAAUGAGGAUGUUGCGCAAUUGACGCGAAUCGUGGUGCAGCUAAAUGAGUUCAGAAUGAUGACCGAUGACUUGAAUGCCGACGAGCUGUUGCAAGCGAAGGAGCCGCUCUGUGUUUUCAUAUCUGCGGUUGGCAAGCAUUACGAUAAUUGCGCAACAGACCAUCAGCGGCGAUUUUGCAUCGCGGACAAUUUGAACGCUUACCUGCGCAAUUUCGACAGAUGGCUGCAGGGUGAUUUAAAGCAAGAGAAGACUGAGGUGGCCUUUCGCUUCUACAGCUUUCUAGCAAUUGUCAUCUAUAACUGCGUUCACAUCGUCUACACAAAAUCCAAGGUAAAUUGCUUCUUUCAUGUGGUCAUGACGCGCUUUGUGUUGCCCACCAAUGUGCAAAUGGGAAAAGCACCGGACGGCAAGUUGGCGCAAUUGAUACAUAAAAUUUGGCCGGUGCUGGUGCAGGGUAUUGGAAGACUCAACUUCAAAGCUGAUCCGUACAUCAGCAAAACGCUAACAGAUCUAAUACAAAAGUGGACUCCGCAUUUCAAAAUUUCACCAAACGCUAAAACCGUUGCCAGACCUUUUGUUAGCUGCCUUCAAAGCGACAAUGCGGAGCUGUCUUUGUUUGUGUUCGAAAAGCUUACAAGCCUAUUUUUAGCUACCCAGCGCCGACAAGCCGAUCCGAACGCCUGUCUAGUGGUGACCAUUUUUCAAGAGGUGGUCGAGUCAAUAGACGCCAGUAGCAGCGCAAUCGAUAUUUCAACUUCGCGUUUGGAGACUUUGAUGAAAGCCACAUCGUUGGUCAUGCUCGAACACAUCAUGAUGGUAGACGAAGUAGUGCCCAGCCGUGCGCUGCUGCUGGAUCUCUUCAAACGCAUUGUCACCUGCUCCACUUACAAGCGUUCAACUGCGCUACAGGCUCUGCUGGCGGAGCACUUACGGCUGCUUACCAAAAAGCAUCUGGCCUACUAUACAUUUUUCUUCUUUGAGCUGUUGCAGCGGCUAGCGCAAUUUACACCGGAAACGAUUUUGCAGAUCAUGGAGUUUUUGCUAGCUGAGGUGCGUGUGGUCGAACAAAAACGCGGCGCUGGCGAGGAUAAUCGCAUGCGUGGUUGCUUACAAAAACUACAGCAAUGUUUGAAAGGUAGCAGCAAGUGAGGUAAGUCAGAGCCUACAUAUCGUUACCUUAAUUCACAAAGGCCC